GUGCAUGCCGACGCGUCCAACUUUGUCUCCAAUGUGAGCAAGCAAGAAGCCUACACACAGGUGCUGGAACAAGCCAGAGGGCUGUUCUAUGAUCAAAGGAAUUGGCAACCUCUCCAACGCAGCCUCUCUACUCUGGCACGCCCUUCACGCUCUCCCUCCCCAUCUUCUCACACAAACUGGGCUGGCUUCUACGUCCUUGACCCUGCUUCCCCAACCAAACAACUCAUCCUGGGACCCUUCCAAGGCAAAGUAGCUUGCCAGACCAUCCGCUUCGGCAGAGGUGUCUGCGGCACCGCUGCUUCCACACAAACGACGCAGUUGGUGCAUGAUGUGGAAAUGUUCCCGGGACAUAUUGCUUGUGAUGCAGAGAGUGCGAGUGAGAUUGUUGUGCCGAUUUUGCAGGGGCGAAAGGUUGUUGCCAUUAUUGAUGUCGACUGUGCUGUGAAAAACGGCUUUGACGACGAAGAUAAGAAGUACCUUGAAGAGCUGGCCGAACUCAUUGCCGAGUCUUGCGACUUUUGA